CUUUACGAGAAUCACUUUUCGAAUUUCACGCGUUUUUCGGUUAAGUAUUCGAACGCGUUUGUGUAUCGUGCGCCCAAGUGAAUUGCCGUGAAAAACCACUACUAAUUCCAGUUCCGAUCUCGGCUGGUGUCAGCACCAUAAGCCGAACCGAACUGAAAGCGCGUGGAAGUGAAAAAACUCUCCCUCGAAAGUGUCCACGUGAAAAGUGAGAACCUGGGAAUAGCACAGAGGUAUAAACAUAACCAAACCAUAACAAAAAGAAGAACGCCGCUUUGGGAAGAUUUCUCAGCUGGAGGAUAUUUAACGAUGUGAAUAAUUGAGUGCGAAAAUCACGGAUCAGUGCUCGAGAGGAUGAGCCCGAAAGAUUGCUCUCAGUUCGCGAGGAAGAUAUGAAGUGUAGGGUGUCGAGUGACAAAGUGCGCAAGAGCGAGUGUGUUCCACGGUACGGAGUAGCACCAGCUACGGGUGUGAUUGGAGCCAUAAGCGGAAAUUAGCGAAUUACAUUAGCAUCAACAUGGGCAAAUCGAUGACUGUGAUAUUAGUUGUAACGUGCAUUGCUUUCUUGAUCGUGCUCCGGCAAUCGGCGUACGUCUAUGCUCACGACGAUGAGUUAUUGAUCGAGGACCGGGAAGAUAAUAUGGAACAUGACGCACCGGAAAUCGAUACAGCCGAGGAGUAUGUAGUGUUACCGUUCGAUGAGUCCCGGAAUUUCACCUGCAAGUCUCACAAACCAAUCCUUUGGCAGCAUUAUGCUGCAUCGUAUUACUGGGAUCCUCCGAAUGUGAGAACGGCCAGCUACGACACGGAAGAUCCUGAUAAACCCUAUGGCAGCGUGCUCAUCAUCACGGACGCGACUGCAGCAACGGUUGGCCGGUACUACUGUGUCCAUAAAGAGACAUGGCACGAGCACAAGGGCAACGAACUGGACGAGAUGGUGGCGGCGUAUUUGGCUUCCACCAUCUACAUAUAUGUCAAAGACGACGAACAACCACUGGUACCCAUUCUAGCGCCUGUGUUUCGCGUCAAUCAGUACGAGAGUUUCGUUAUUCCCUGUAAACCAACGCACCCGGACGUGGAGGUGGAACUUAGCAAAGAUCUCGACGGGGAUUUGGUUGAAGACUAUGAGUUUAGUAAAACGCAAGGAUAUCGGGUCAACUUCCACUCGCUCGAGCAUGGUGGUCCGUACCUAUGUCAGCAGCGAAAUAAUCCCAAUCACAAAAUCGAAUUCGGAAUAACGAUCAUCGAACGCUAUGAUUCAGACGAAGCACUUGGCGAUGUUUUGCUGAAACCUAUCAUCGAGAGCGAUACGAACAACCAUGUGCCGUUAGGACGGCGCAUUAGGCUUCUCUGCAAAGCCAACAUUAGUAAAGGAAUAUAUGUGGACCUUGCCUGGAAGGUACCACCCAAUUUGAAACCGGUGGCGCAGGGUGGCCGCGUCAAGGUUGGAAACCUGAACGUGUUUCCGGAUCCGCAAUACGACCAUCGGGAAUUCGUUUCGCGGGAGCUAAUCGUCGAAAAGGCUACACGCGAAGACAACGGAACAUAUCGUUGCGAAGUGUUUGACAUAGGCAACAAAAUGAACUAUCACAACUACAAGCUGCACGUGCGUACUUCGUCGGGCGAUUUUGUAGAGCUGACCGAGGAGAACAAGCUCCCCCACAUAAGUGUUAGGCGCAAUCAAAAUGGGAAAACGUCACCCAUCAUUAUCGUCCUUAAUUACCAAUCGUACCCGUCCAACAUUGACUACUAUUGGCUAAAGGACGAUGAUGAGCUGAAGACAAGUCUCCAGGGCAAGCAUGAGUUUGAAAAAACCUCAACUUACCUUAAGCUGACGAUCAACGAUCCGACAGUGUUCGAUACGGGCUCGUAUACUGCCGUGGCUAUGGCCGGUAACGCGACGGAUACCUAUAGUAUUUUCGUUAAUGUUUCUGACAAACCUACCGUACACAUGGACAGUAGAUUCGCAAAGCCGGGUGAGCUGGUUAAUUUCGUGUGCCGCAGCAUUGGUUACCCCCGGCCAGACAUAUCGUUCAUGUUUCAACCGUGUCUGGAAAUUCCUUGGAAAAACUGCUCCAUAGCAUUGACGAACUCAGCAAAGUGGGAUUCCUCGGGCCCGGAUAUCGUUUCGGAGCACGCACCCAGAAUGUUAGCAGAAACCAAGAAAGAGGCAGUGAUCACAUCAUCGCGAACCUACAGCACCAUCACUGACCAGCCGGGAAUUGUGUACUGCAAGGCCAGCAACUCGGAAGGAAGUGAAAUCCAGCAGGCGGAUUUGCUACUCAGCGAUCUAUCGGAUACGAUCGUGCUCGAACGGGUACAACCGAAAGAGAUGAUCACUACUGGCGAUCGCGUAUCUUACGUGUGUUCGGCGCUGGUUUAUAAUUACACGAGCGACAUCGUGUUCGUGCACAACGAUCAUGAGUUACUAGUUGGCGAUGGAGUAACGAUAUCAUAUUCAAGCCAAUCGUUCGCCUGGGAAGCUCGAUUAAACAUCGAAGAUGUGACUCCGGAUCAGUCCGGGGAGAUUUACUGCCACGUCAAGACCGUAAAUGGCACGAUUGAAAGCAGGGCUACGCACAUGAAGGUAGUGGCGCCCGUUGCUCCUCAGCUUCUCUCUGACAGUGGCAAACGCAGCCUAACCGUGGAAAUGCACGCACCCCUUAAGCUCGACUGCGAUGUCGUAGGAACGCCCGAUCCGAAAGUCACGUGGCUUAAAGAUGGGGCGCCCAUCGAGUUGGAUGAAAAUAGCACCCGUAUUCAGAUGACCAGAACAUCGCUCACGUUUGAGUAUCUCAAACCGGAAGAGUUCGGGUUGUUUAAGUGUGUAGCAAAAAACAAGGAGGGCGCAAUCGAGAAGGAGUGGAUGGUCGAUGUUCGAACUACCGUUGUGAAAAAGUCCUUGAUAUAUGCGAUCGUGGCGCUCCUGUUGCUUCUUUUAGUUGCCAUCGUAAUGGUGUCACUGUUCUACUGUAAAAAGAAGAAAGAAGUGAAGACCAUGAAGGCCGCCGGGUUGGCCAACUUUGAAGAAGGAAACCUGGGUUGUUACAACCCCGACGUGGCGUUGGAUGAGCAAGCUGAUCUGUUGCCGUACAACUCGGAGUACGAAUUUCCGAAGGAACGGCUCAAACUCGGUAAGCAGCUCGGUACGGGUGCGUUUGGUGUGGUCAUGAAGGCAACGGCCGCCGGCAUAAUGGUAAACGAAGACGAAACGACUGUCGCUGUGAAGAUGGUUAAGAAACAAACCGACAAUGAAGUGAUGCGCGCCCUGAUUUCGGAGCUUAAGAUAAUGGUCCAUUUGGGGCAGCAUCUCAACGUGGUGAAUUUGUUAGGAGCUGUCACAAAAAACAUUGCCAAACGUGAACUGAUGGUGAUCGUAGAGUAUUGUCCAUUUGGCAAUGUACAAAACUUCCUACUCAAAAGCCGGCCCCAUUUUAUCGACCAGAUUAACCAGGAAACGGGAGAAAUCGAUCCCACGAUCGAGAUCAAUCAGUUACGUUGGUCGAAGAGUGGUUAUCAUUACAAUAGUCAAGGAUUGAAGUACAUAAACUUGUCGUUUUCCACCAACAAUGUAAAUCGUCACCCUCAACAACAUGCGACUGCUUUCUAUCAUAAUCACAUCGACAGCGGCUUGACACAGCAGUACGUCGACCCGAAGAAGCAAGUCAACUCCAAAGGUUACGUGCGCCACUCGGGGCUGCAGAACAUGGGCAUGGUUGAUAGCUGCAAUACGGAGACCACGGCCAUGACCUCGGUUGAAGUGGAAGAUUUGAACUCGAUCAAUUCGAAUGAGCCUCUGUGGCGAUCAAACUAUCGCAUGGAUUAUAAAGGUCCUGUUAGGUCUGUGAACACGACCGACCUGGUAUGCUGGGCGUCGCAAAUCGCUAGCGGUAUGGAGUAUCUGGCCUCGCGCAAGGUGCUGCACGGUGAUCUGGCCGCACGAAACAUUCUCCUGUGCGACGAUAACGUCGUGAAGAUCUGUGACUUUGGUUUGGCUCGUUCGAUGUACAAGAGCGACAACUACAAGAAGAAGGGCGAAGCGCCGCUGCCUUUCAAGUGGCUUGCCCUGGAAUGUAUCAGCGAUAAUGUGUUCAGCACCUACUCAGACGUGUGGGCUUACGGAAUAGUGCUGUGGGAACUGUUCUCCUUGGGCAAGGUUCCGUAUCCGGGCAUGGAGGCGAACCAGGAGCUGUACAACAAGCUACGUGAUGGCUACCGAAUGGAUAAGCCUCAGUUUUCAAACCAGGAUAUUUACGAUAUUAUGCUAAACUGCUGGAACGUUAAGCCAGACUCUCGACCAUCGUUCAAGGAUUUGAAGAGCAGAUUCAACGCCAUGCUUCCGGAUGAAAUGCGUGACCACUACUUGGAGCUAAACGAGCCAUACCUAGCGAUGAAUGCUGAGAAAAUGGAACGCGGCGAUACGGACUAUCUAGCCAAUCUGGGUCCUCCUGAAGAGUUGGCUCCUUCAGCACCAAACUACGUUAAUGGCAUCAUUUUACCUCUGCCUCCAAUUUCCGAAAUUCGUCACGAAAAAGACUAUCUCAAAAUGUCAGGAACCAAGUCGGACUCGGAGGAUAGUCAAUUUGAUUUCACCAGCUUCAACAGUCAGCGCCAUUCGCCAACCAUUCGCAACAAUCUCGAUACUAGUCCGCCGAAUGGCAGCAAGCGACACAACAAGAAAGGGCUCCCGGAGGAGAUCCCGAUGCUGAGCAACAACCGCCCGUCGUCGGUCACCAACGGGUAUAAUUCUGAUUCGGAGCACGAAACUAUCAGUCCCAAACCGAGGGAACGCACAAGCAAACACAGCCAAGAACCAGAGUACAUGAAUGUGAAGGGUGGCAAACUGGGGCCACGACCGACGAGCGACGAGUUGGCUGGUGUAAAUCCAGAUGCCAUCAGCAAUCCGGGCUAUAUUGCGUUGAGCACUGUCGAAGAGAAGCGCUGCUAGUAGGACGUACUGUAAUUUCUUACUUUGACGAAGCAGAAAUGGAACGGACGAAAAGCAGAAACCUAUUUUUGUAAAACUUUUUAACCUUAUUAAGUGUAAAGUGUCAAACCCGCAUUAAUUGUA